GCGGACUGCGGUGCUCAGCCGCCUUGAGCGAUUGCUGGGGCUCUGCUCCGGGAGGGAGCCAGCCUGGAGGCCGGUCCCUGAUCACCAUGGAAUUGCCUCUAAGCCAAGCUACCCUCCGGCACACACUGCUGCUCCUGCCUGCCCUCUUAAGUUCAGGUCAAGGGGAGCUGGCGCCGCAAAUUGAUGGUCAGACCUGGGCUGAGAGAGCACUUAAGGAGAAUGAGCACCAUGCCUUCACCUGUCGGGUUGCAGGGGGUUCUGCCACUCCCCGAUUAGCCUGGUACCUGGAUGGACAGCUACAGGAGGCCACCACCUCACGACUCCUGAGUGUGGGCGGGGACGCCUUCUCUGGAGGUACCAGCACUUUCACUGUCACUGCCCAGCGCUCCCAACAUGAGCUUAACUGCUCCCUGCAGGACCCAGGGAGUGGCCGGCCAGCCAAUGCCUCUGUCAUCCUCAAUGUGCAAUUCAAACCAGAGAUUGCCCAGGUCGGAGCCAAGUACCAGGAAGCUCAGGGUCCAGGCCUUCUGGUUGUCCUGUUCGCCCUGGUGCGGGCCAACCCACCUGCCAAUGUCACCUGGAUUGACCAGGAUGGGCCAGUGACUGUCAAUGCCUCUGACUUCCUGGUGCUGGAUGCUCAGAACUAUCCCUGGCUGACCAACCACACCGUGCAGCUGCAGCUCCGAAGCUUGCCACAUAACCUCUCGGUGGUGGCCACCAAUGACGUGGGUGUCACCAGUGCCUCACUUCCAGCUCCAGGACUCCUGGCCACACGGAUAGAAGUGCCACUGCUGGGUAUCGUUGUGGCUGGAGGACUUGCCUUGGGUACUCUAGUGGGGUUCAGUACCCUGGUGGCCUGCCUGGUCUGCAGGAAAGAGAAGAAAACAAAAGGCCCCUCCCGGCGUCCUUCUCUGAUAUCUAGUGACUCCAAUAACCUGAAACUGAAUAACGUGCGCCUGCCACGGGAGAACAUGUCCCUCCCAUCCAACCUUCAGCUCAACGACCUCACUCCGGAUCUCAGAGGGAAAGCAACAGAGCGGCCAAUGGCUCAGCAUAGCAGCCGUCCAGAGCUUCUAGAAGCCGAGCCUGGUGGCCUUCUCACCAGCCGAGGUUUCAUCCGUCUCCCAAUGCUGGGCUACAUCUACCGUGUGUCCAGCGUAAGCAGUGAUGAGAUUUGGCUCUGAGCUUGAGGCUGAGGCAUGAGGCCCAGGUGGCCUGUGGGCUCCCCGGAGUGCCCACUCCAGAGCGCCUUCCAGCUUCCCUGUGCCUCGCCCUGUUGUGACUAUGAAGAAACCAUGUCACUGCCAUCUGGCCCGCCUGGCAAGGAUACCCUGUGGGUCAUGCAUGUGUAUUUUCAUUGCACUUUAACCUGCAAGGCAUGGGUACCCUUGGCAAGACCACCGGUCAGAACUAAGCCCCUUGCCCUCACUCAGUUUGGGGCCCUGCAUGUGAUAACCUGGUCCAGGCAGACAGAACUCUGGUGUCACCCAACAUCUAAGAGAUGGGCCUAUUUAUUAGAUGUCCCACGCUAGUAUGCUCUGCAAGUAGGCAGAGAGAUGCCUAUGUGGGGACAGGAGGGUCCCUGCACAACUCAGAUGUCUUUCCUUUGCUAUGCAGCUUUGCCCCUCUCAGGGAAAACUUAGCCCCUGCUAUCUGUUAUAGAAUCAAGCUGCCCUUUGCUCAGGAACCAGCCCCUUACCCAGGGACCUGGCCAAGCACAAAUUAGUCCCUUUUGCUGCAUAUCUUUCUGCCCCUUUGUCCCCACCUCCUCUUGGGCAUCAUAGGUCACACCCUAGACCUUCUUCCCAGGGCAUUAGACCUCCAUUGGCUGGGGCCCGCAGCUGCCAGCCUUUGGUAGUAGCACAAGAUGAGCAAGAAGAGGUGACAGGUGGGCUGGCUCCCAGGACAGCAUGUUGCUAUGCAUCGUUUUGUAAAAUGUCUGUACUUUAAGCACAUUUUCCAGGAGAGAGGAAGGCCCAGGGCCUUCUUGGGUUCCCUGUGUUUGGCCUUCCUGGCCUUCCGCAAUCACUGUGAGUGUUCUGAGCACUCAGGGUCCGUGGUUUCCCUCUCUGCAUGUCUCUCCCCGAUGCAGCCAUAUUCCCGACCAAACCGGGCUGCCCCAUCCUAUUCUUCAGGGGAUGGUCACAGUGGAUAUGCAAUCCAACAGCGCCAGAAGCUUUAGGGGAACAGAGAAAGCAGGGGCCCACAGAGCUCCAAAGAGCUAACAAUACUUCUUAAAAAGCAACCCGAAAAUGGCUGGCGCACAGCAGAGUAUGGAAUCUAUUUUCUUUCCCCUUCUUCGUAUCUUGUUUUGUAAUUUUUCUCAUGUUCCUGGUUAGGACAGUGUUGCACACACAGUAAACUCCUUUGACCAAAGAA